AUGGAGUUCAAACAAAGCUCUCGCGCUAUCCGUAAAUCACUUUUGAGUGGUGCUCGGGUUACAGGAAACAAGACGAAUGCCGCUUCACGACAAGUCAACCUGCAAAUGUACGACGAGCCGCCGAUCGAUGAUAUUUCAAUCAAAGAAUUUGGUGAAAUGGCCUUGAAUCGUUUGAAAAUUCUUCGAUUGCUCGAACAAUUUCAGGAACGUUUUGCGGGCAAUUUGGAUAAAGUUUGUGAAGCACUCUCGAAGGAAUUAUUGAAACUGAUGCCAAUUGCAUGCGGUAUGUGUCCUGAUGAUAAGUUGGCUGAAGCUAGACGUGAGGAUUUGAUAUCACAUUUUAUAUUGCGAUUACUGCAUAUAAGCGUGUUCCUUGCUUUACUGAUUGGAUACAUUCUGUUGAAGGAUAGAAAUCAAGUAAUCUGGAAGGUUCGUUUCAUUCACGCAGUGGAAUGGAUCCGUAAAAGGGACGUUUUUGUGCAGGACGGUUACGUUUAUUUGCCGAACGAUGAUGUCUUAGCGAUCAUUAUCGCUAAACUUCGUAUUAAUAUGUCCGCGUCAAUGGCGCGCGCUCGUAGCUAUUUUCAUUUUCUUGAUGAAGGCGAUCGUUUGUUACCGUUACUGAAAAAUAUCUCUGAAAGAUCUUAUGUGGGCAAGGAAUAUGACGGAAAAGAUGCUAAGCGUAUCACCGGUGAUAUGGUUGAUGAGUUAUCGACGAAAUCAUUUCCACUGUGUAUGCGACAGAUUCAUACUCGGUUGCGUGUUGAUCACCAUUUGAUGCAUUCAGCUCGAAUGCAAUACGGUCUCUUCUUGAAAGCCAUCGGAAUGACUCUCGAGGAUGCGUUGGCGUUCUUCCGUGCUGAAUUCACCAAGAAAGUCGACAGCGAUAAGUUCGAUAAGCAGUAUGCCUAUAAUAUUCGACAUAAUUACGGCAAAGAGGGCAGUCGUCGCGACUAUAAAGCUUAUUCGUGUGCUAAAAUUAUACUCGGUGAUGCGCCGACCGGCCAACAAUGUCACGGAUGUCCUUUUAGACACAACGAUGAUUUAGAACUCACACGAAAAUUGCAAAACAUUGGUCUUUCAAAUCAGCAAAUCACAGCUAUUUUAUCGCUGACGAAAGAGAAAAGCUAUGAGCGUGCGUGUACGAGAUAUUUCGAGUAUACGCACAAAAUGAGUGAAGGCUCACUUGGAAGUAAUAUUGCACAUCCGAAUGAGUAUUUUGAAUUGUCACGACAGAUUUAUGAUGGAACUAGAAGCAGGUUGGCUCUGCACUUUUUGUUACUAGAAACAGUUCCCGUUCAUGAGGUAUCAAUAAGUCAUGACAGCCAUCGUACACUUAACGAUAUGAACACAUCUAGCAUUCAAGAAUCGAUGGAUGUCGACGACAGCGACCUAAUCGAUCUUGAAGACUAA